AUGGCGUCAUAUUUGCCCUCACUUGCUCUAGUUAUGAUACAGCAAUUUAAUAGGCAUAGCAAGGACUACAUGAUAAACCAAGGAUUUGAUUAUAAUGAUCCUUACCAAAUAAAUUCGGCAAUCAGAGUUCAAAAGUUUAAUGGGUGCACAGGAGUAGUUACUAUUGAAAAAAAUGACAGAGCUAUCAGCAUUUUUGAUAUAAUGGCCAGCAAAAUAGAUAAAAUUUCUAGAAAUGUGACAGCAUACAAAAUGGCUGAAUUUCGUGCAUAUGGUUGCACAAUUUUGAGCAUUAAACUCCUUCAUUAG